AUGUUAACAGUGGAGAAAGGCCCAGGGAAAGGCCUUGACCAAAUAGUAAGCUCACUAGUUAAAGCUGGAGAGAAUUUUCAAGUCUUGUCAAACAAGAAGCUUAAGGAAAAAUUUCCUGAACUAAGCUUCUCACCACAUUAUUCUGCAGUUCUGGAAACAUCGGCAGGAGUUUUAAAAGCUGAUAAAUGCUUAAGAGUAUUACAGGUAGGUGAAAAGGUGUUUGAAGGGCUUAUAAUAUUGAAGAUAUUUCACCACUUGGAGGUUGUGUGGGAGAGUAGGUCAAGAUGGUUGUCAAAGUGCUUUGUAGGACUGUUUUGGGGGAUGCAUUCUCAACAUGGUGGUAAAUUCCCACAUUGCACUUUGACAACCAUCUUGACCCAGUCUCUCUCACAACCUCAAAGUGGUGAAUAAAGUGAGCAUUACAGAGUUAUUCUAUUAUUAAUAAUUGCAAAAAUGCUCAAACUCACGUUCAUGAGAUGAUACAUAUUUUUCUUUCAUGCUGUUUUUAUAAUUGCUUAUUUUGGCAUUAAAGGAGUAAGAUGAAUGACACUUUUCAAUAUAACUUUUUUGCCUAUUGAAGAUUCUAUGUAAGCCUAGCGAAAGGAUAUUGAAACUUGCUUGUAAGUAGAUUUUUAUUUCUGAAGAAAUAAGACUGUGUGACAUCCUUGUUCCCUUUGCCCCGCGCCAGGGAUGGAUCUGACUAAGGCUUUGUGGAAUGGAGUACUUCUUCUCUUUAUCCGAGAUCAUUGCUCCAGUCCAAAACUCGUCCCCAGGGUCUCUCUCUGGGGGACAAGUAGGAGAGGACACUGGGAAUGAGGUUGGCUCCAGUCCCCUAAUGCCAAAUGGUUUGUUCCAGUUGUGACACACUUGUUGUGUUUCACCUACAGCGGUAACAGCUUACAGCUAUAAUAGAUUGUUUUCUUUGUAGCUAUAGGCUAUGUAAUGUAUGGUACUGUAAAGUGUUAUUGUACCAGUAACACCAUGUUUUAUUAUAUCAGUGGAUUCUGUAAAUUAUUUCUUAAGGAGCAAUUUCUUGAAUUUGGUGGAACACUAAAAGAUGGUGAGACUGUAGCUGAAGUUUGGCCUGGAGAAACAGUUACUAUUAAAACCAACAAUAACUUGUUUACAGCGAAAAAAGUGAUAAUUACAGCAGGUAAGCAAAGCAUCAGGUGACAUAUAGACAAAGUGUAAUUUUAGACAGUGGGCUAAAUUAUAUUUUUUUAUGACAAUGGUAGUUUUUUUUUUCUACAGUCAGUGACAAAAUUGUUGAAACACUGUACUCAAAUAGUGUAACUUCAGAGAACAAAAGAAUCCACACCCCUCCCCUGUCCCAAAGUUGGGGUGUUUUUUGUAUUUUCUAUAGGUAGCUCAAACAGCGGCGCAACAUUGCAUGGAGGGGAUGGGGGAGGAAAAGCUAUAUUCUCUCCUUUUGAAGUCAAGAAAAUGUCAAAAAGCCCCUUUAGGGCAAAGUGUCUAAACUCAUUUCGUUGCUGAUUGUAGCUUUUUAUUCUCUUGUGGCCUUUUCUUUUGAUUGCAAGCUGUUCCUUUUCUCUGUCAAAAUUAGCAACAAACAUAUAUGUGUGUGUGUGUUUUUUUCAAUUUAUAUGUUGAACCUUUUUGUUGCUAAAGUUGUGGCAGCGAGCCCAAAUUUUAAUUAGUUAUAACUAGCAUAGAAAAAAUUCACCAGUCCAAUGAGCAGAAGUUUUCACCUUGAACAACCUCAUUGUCUUUAUUGAUAUAUUUUUCUACCUGCAGGUCCAUGGACCAAUAAGCUUCUAAAACCUUUAGGAAUUACACUACCACUCAGGGUAAUUUAUUAUGAUGAUUUCAUUAAUAGUUAAUCAGUUUAUUUAUUUGUUUAUUAGCAGUUGUAUUUAGUGUUAUUUUGAUUUACUGCACUUAAAUUUUUUUAAUAUCCCUUGAAUUUAGUUUAAUGGUAAAAUGCAAGGUGCAUUUUAUUAAAAAAAUCAGCCAGUUUAAAAGUGAUAUAUGAUCCUGUUGAUGUAAGAUUUCUCAAAAAAGCAUCAGGUCUUCUGAUAGGGGGUGUCCAGACCCCCCAGACCCUCCCCCUGGAUCCACCCAUGUUAUCUAACACUGUAAGUGACAAAUGUAUUUUGUGCAUGCUGUAUAUGUUUGUUUAGCCUGUGUGGCAGCUGCCAGUUUAUUUUUUGGUUAGGUUAUAUAUAGUGCACAAGGUGAACAUGAAAGGGCCUCCUCCUUAUUUUUCACCUGGUGUAAUUGCACGUGUCCUCAAAGUUUCUCUCUUGGCGCAGAACUUUAAAUACACAUGCUAUUGUUUGUUUUCACAUUUCCCAUAAGGUACCUUAUUUGCCCCCCAAAAUUUAAUUGCAAAACCUUCGUUUUUCAUUUCUCCUGGGUAUAACAGCCGUCCCAAGAGAAAUUAAAAACAAUGCUUACCGUAAAUGAUCAAUUAAGCGCCAUGGCACUUAUUUCAUUUUCCCUGUCAUAGGCGGAACUAACGAAUGAAAUGAAACUAUUAUAUGAACCCAGUUUCAAGGAUUUCCAACUUGAUAAAACUCAUGAGUUAGUCAAGGUCUUAUUUCUCCAAGAGAUGGUUUUGAUAUCUUUUUAUAUCAAGUGCUUUAACAAAGGUGGGGCGUUUAUUUGUAAAUACCCAAAUUAGAGCCAUGCGCUUAUUCGAGAGCAGCGCUUACUUAUUAAAUUCUUUUUGGUAAAGGUGCGGCACUUAUUUGAGAGCGGAGUUUAUUCGAGUAGCAGUGCUUAAUCGAUCAUUUUUGGUAUGCAAAAUUUAAGGGGGCAAAUAAGGUGCAUUAUGGGAAAUGUGGAAGUGGCGUAUAGGUCCAGUUGCUGAUGCAGUGCAGUUCUUCUUGAGGAUAAUGAUUAUUUUUUUUUCUUAUUUCUAUUUUCUAGCCACAAUUAGCUGUAGUUGUGUACUGGAAGACUAAAGAGCCUGGUAAAUACAGUCUGAAGAGUAGGUUUCCCAACUUCUAUGACUGUUCAGCUUCUGAUGGUCGCAAAUUAUAUGGGAUUCCAUCUUCUGAGUAUCCUAAUAUGUUCAAGGUGAGAGUCCUUCAAUAACCAGGUUGCAAAAUUAAUUUUCUCUACUGUUUGGGGGCCCUAUUAUAGUGAGAGUUUACUUUAGUUAAUUGUGUGUAAUGUAACUGCUUUCCACAUUCAGGAGUCCACAAGAUGAUAGUUAACUGGAAAAAUAAUCAGGGCUAGCCGUUUGACUGGACGGUUUCAGUUUGCCUGUUUUCAGCUGUUUCAGUCAACACACGACCUGCGUUGUCCAAAACAUUUCAGGAUUUUGGGUUUUUGUUCCACGUCAAUCAAACUGUUACCAUGGCAUCCAAUCCAUACUUGUCAAAUAAAGGUACUAAUAACGAGCGGAAGCUGCAAAAAUAAAAUUGAUGUUGGCGGGAAUGUAGCAAUUCAUUUUCACCCACUCAUAUCUGUGUAUCUUCUGGAUUUGGAAGAUCUACAGGAAAAAUUUCUCCUUGGAAAUCUAAAAUUGCCGUGUUUCAGUAAGCAAGUAAAAAAAACUUGUGAGCCAGAUAAAAAAGUGAAAACAUGCGAACUCUGAAGUUCAAAAGCAACGAGCCUUGAAACACAAAAACACACAAAAUGGAUGGAAAUCCACUAAUCACAAACAAUGACCUUUUGAACCCAUUGUAGUAAACUUCUGUUUUCUAAGAGGUCCGUAAGAAGGCAUGGAGCCUUUCGAUUUUGGUUGACAUCACAGAAAAAUGCAAAAUCUUAAGAAGUUUUAGACAUCGCAGGUCGUGUGUUAUCCGAAACAGCUGUAACAGAAUAUGUUGUAACGGGAGGCGCAUUGAUGUUUAGUGGGCAACACAUCACCUUUUGGAUCUCUAGUUCCCGUUUCAAGCCUUGCUAUGGUAUUGUUUCCUUAGAACGUAGGUGUAUAAAUGGGUACUGGUGGUGUGCCACUGGGGUAAAACCUUCAGUGGACCAUCAUCCUAUCCAGGGGGGUGUGGCAAUACUCCUAACCACCUUAUACAACAGAAACUGGUAUAAGCUCUGGCCUGAUGAGCUAUUUGACUUGUAUUCAGCUUAGUCUCUCUUCACCUAGGGGUACUGGGGACAUACAUGUACUGUUGGGGGUAACCCUACAAUUGACUUUCAUCCCAUGUAGGGGGGAGUAACAAUACUCCUAGUCACUUAAUUUUAUGGAAACGGGAAUAAACUCUGGCCUGAAUCUGAUCGGCCACUUGGCUUGUAUGCAGGCUUUACCUCGGGGUAAGCCUCUAAUGGGAUAGCAUGACCCAUCCAGCUGGAGUAGCAAUAGUCCUAGUUGUGUAACCCUUUAGUUCAUAAUUUCCCCUUGUAGUAUCAAGGCAUGGUCACACAAGAUAAAUUUGCUUGAUAUUCAAACAAUUACUCCCCUAACCUGCUAGCAAGCUUUCCCUGUAUGACAAGCAUAACGAGCCGCAAAACAACCCGCGAGCGAGUAGCAAAGCCGCGAGGAGCGGAGGGCAGAAUGCUCCUAGACUGCGAGCAGUCUCUCUUUUUCUUCAGGUAAUGCACGCGCGCGCGAGCGUUGAGCGGCGAAGCCGCGAGACACGAGAAACGAGGGCGGCGCCUUCAGUCACGCGCGUGGUCAUUUGCGUGUCUCGGGCGUUUUGUUCGAUGGACCAAGAAAAAAGAGAGACUGCUCUUAGUCUAGAAUGCUCCAGUUUAUGCACAAUUCCCGCCCCUCGCACUGGCGUCCCCUUUGGCGUGCUGCUCUCGCGUAACUUCUUGCAAUUUUCCCAAAUGGAGAGCUUGCUCGCAGGCUACUACUCCCCAGUACUUCUACAACAAAUGUAUUGGGGCAGCAUUAAAUUUUAAAGACUUAACUAAUGGCGGGAUAAUCUCAGGGCACCUAACGAGAACAUGGUUCAAAACUUCUUAAAAAUAGUAUUGUUAAACGUAUUUUAGCAUUUAAAUGGUAUAUAUAGGCAUCUUUUUAUCCCCUAAAAAUUUUUCAUCUGUUCGGAUUUCUUAGCUGAAAAUCUAGUGAUCCGAAAAUUAUAGGGAUCAAAACUUACCUUUUCAAAAAUUUCAGCCAGAAAAAAGGCUCCUGAAAAUUCUAGGUGACCUUUUUGGGGUUAAAAUCCGUUAAAAAUGGGCAAUUAUACCAUUUUUUAGAUGUUCGAAAAUGCUAGGAGAGGCACGCAAGUAAGAAAUUUUACAACAAAUGUUCCGAAAAUUCUAGAUCUCAGAUCGUUUUCCGAACAGAUAUUUUCCGAAAAUUGACGUUGGGUGCCCCUGAUAAUCCCAGGCCGUACAAGCUUCAUUUGCCUGAAGAGCGCCUUCACCUUUUCCUUAAUUUUAUUUGCAGUUUGGAUGCACCGGUUUAUGUACAAUUCCUGACUUGUGCAAAGAGAUUGACCCAGAUGCACGGGAUAAUGAUAGAGCACUUGUUGAGAUGCACAUACAGAGAAUAAGAGGAUAUGUUCAGGAUCAUCUUCCACAUCUAGAUUAUCGACAGCCAGCAAUUGUGGAGACUUGUAUUUACACAGUAGGUGUUUUUAUUUGGCUGACUCCGUGUCAAAGAAUAGGGCUUUUAACUUAACAAACUGACCUUAUCAUCAUAUCAUCACCAUAGAGCAGGGGCACCCAAUGAGAACAUGGUUCAAAACUACUUAAAAAUGGCAUUGUUUAACGUAUUUUAGUAUUUAAAUGGUAGAUAUAGGCAUAUUUUUAUCCCCUAAAAUUUCCUCGCUGAAAAUCUAGUGAUCCGAAAAUUAUAGGGAUCAAAACUUACCUUUACAAAAAUUUCAGCCAGAAAAGAGGCUCCCGAAAAUUCUAGGUGACCUUUUUAGGGUAAAAAUCCGUUAAAAAUGGGCAAUUAUACCAUUUUUUAGAUGUUCGAAAAUCCUAGGAGAGGCAACCAAGUAAGAAAUUUUACAACAAAUGUUCCGAAAAAUUCUAGAUCUCAAAUCGUCUUCCGAACAGAUAUUUUCCGAAAAUUGACGUUGGGUGCCCCUGAUAAGUAGAUUGAACUAAACCAUGCAGGUGUACGUCGAUCAAAGAAGUAAUUUGUGACGGUGUCUGGGGCCGUACAUAACCGAGUUAUUUCCAGGUAACUCUUUAAAUUAACUGAUUUGGAAAACGCGAAUGCGGACCGUUUAUUUAAGGUCUUAACCAAUGUUUAAUCGGGUUAUGUAAAGUAGGCAAAAAACAAUAGAUUUUCUUAAACGGGAUAGAUUCUUGUAAACUAUCGUGAUCGUAAUCGUCAUCUUCAACUCAUUAUCAUCAUCAUCAUCAUCAUCUUUAUCUUCUUCGUCGCCGUCGCCGUUGUCGUCAUGAUCAUUAGAGAACUGAAGCAACGACGACGAAAAAGUGAUUUGCGUCUUUUUAAACGUUAUCGCGUUUAUUUGUAAACGCUCAGUUCGUCAAAUAUAGGCGAUUUUUCCUGGAAUGGAAUGAUUAAGGUCUUUAUCCAGGUUCAUAAAGAAAAAGGAAAAUUCGUCGUCGUUUGUUCAGUUCCUGUAUAAAAACGUUGCAUUGUAGUCGUGUAGUGGACGUCAAAGUAACGUACUAAAAGCGCUGUUGUUUGGCUCAUGAACCAAUUGUCUUUUCUGUUGUUGUUGUCGUCAUCGCCACCAUUUUCAUCCAUUCUCUAACAUGUCAUCUUUUCCACCCGCCCUCGUCUUCUGUCGCAACGCGGAAAAACUCUUCGUUCAUUUUAUUUGUUUGUAUUGUGCUCAAGACAAACAAAUACAAUUCUGUGCAUAUUUCAUAAAAGAUGUCUGUUUCUUUUUCAAUCCAGCUCACCCCAGAUGGGAACUAUGUGUUAGAUAAACAUCCAAAGUUUUCAAAUGUUGUCGUCGGUGCUGGCUUUUCUGGUGAGUGUUUUUGAUGUAAACAUGCUCACAAUAUUAAAGACAGUUUUCUAUGCAUUAUUUCAGUUCCUUUUUUCAAAGGUCUCAUUUGCAAGUAAAAAAGUACGUUUUCAAAGAAAACGUUAACCUCUUUUAGACUUGACUCAGAAUGACGGGAUCUUUUGAGGAAACGUCAGAUUGCCUCUUGUUUAACUCAUCCCAAGGAAUAGAAGUGAAUCUGUGCGGGAAAUUCGUAAACAGUCAAACCCCGCUCUANAUGCUCACAAUAUUAAAGACAGUUUUCUAUGCAUUAUUUCAGUUCCUUUUUUCAAAGGUCUCAUUUGCAAGUAAAAAAGUACGUUUUCAAAGAAAACGUUAACCUCUUUUAGACUUGACUCAGAAUGACGGGAUCUUUUGAGGAAACGUCAGAUUGCCUCUUGUUUAACUCAUCCCAAGGAAUAGAAGUGAAUCUGUGCGGGAAAUUCGUAAACAGUCAAACCCCGCUCUACGGAAACCCGCUUAAUUAUUACGGACAGUUUCCUUUGUCCUUGGGGAAAGAAAGCCCUUACAUUUUCCCUAAAUUUAACCCACUUGAUACAGACACCCCUUGAAUAAGGACACUUUCUAUGGCCCCUUUAGUGUCUCUAUUAACGGGCUUUGACUGUAUUAUGUUGCACGUUUAACGCUUGAUGUAACUUGCUUGGCUGCUACACAAAAUUUCACUUUUACGUGAAAUACUGGAUAACAUAAGGCAAUUGGUUCCCCAAAUACUUAUCCGCUGGAUAGCGUUUUCCAACGUUUGAAUAGUCAGGGCAAGAUGACUAGGAAGAACAGGAAGAUCACGUGACUAAGAGACCGAAAGCUUGUAAAAAAAGUGUCAGCCUCCUUUCUAGGGUUAUUCUUCUUUUUGUCUCUGCCUCGCCCCAAGGCCGGACGGGAAGAAGAGAGUACCUGGGUACGACGUUAGUGAAGUGGAAAAACGUAAUCAUUACAGGCACAAAUAUAAAUUUAAAGCAUUCCCGUUAACAUAGGCACCAACUCAAGGCUUGGGGUAUAACAGCCAUUUGUAUGAAUUAGUCUCCACAUGCCUCGACCUCAUUUCAUUACGUGUUUUUUACUGGAGUGGAAUCAUUAGCCUCGAUUUCCGUCACUCUCUAGCUCCUCCCCAAGUCUGUUCGAGGAAAGAGCGCGGGCUCAUUUUCCGAACAGCGGCUGGUAAUCGAGCUAAUGAAAUCAUGAGAAAGUCUAGUUGAAAUAAAAGCGUCAAAACGUAAUUUAAACUGAAGUUUCACUCCUUUGUAUUCACAGCUCAUGGAUUUAAGCUCGGACCAGUCAGUGGAAAGAUUCUUGCACAGUUGGCCAUGGGUGAAACACCAGCAUACGAUUUGUCGCCCUUCAGGAUAUCAAGAUUUAAAACGUCACUUGGUCAGAAAGCUUCGCUUUAA